UUUGAAAGAAAAUUUUGCUUCUGUAGUAUAAUAACGAUAGCCUUUUUCUGGUAGAGCAUGUGAAAACAUGGAGGUGGCAGAGGAGGUAGGGGAGUAUGAGAACGUGUUGCAGAAAAUAAUGGAUGCUCUGUUAAAGGGAGGAUAUUUCCGGGCGAGAAUUUCUUCCCUUUCUCCUUUCGAUAAAUUAACAGGGGGGUUGGCCUGGUGCAUCAUCGCUUCCAACGCUGACAUUCACAUUCCUUACGAUCUCCUCUUCUACAGUGACGAAGCUACUCUUGGUGAAAAGAUAAUAGUUGGAGAGUCUAUAGAAGCAGCUUUGAAGAAUAUGGAAUGCCCUUACCCUCUUCAAGCACAUCAGAUUCAAGGUCUAGAUUACCAAGCUGUAUAUCCUGUCGUCCAAUGGCUUGUUAAGAGAGUUUUAGCGAUGCGGGAAGCUCUUGGAGAUGAGCUACACAGGUUUUCACAUCUACAGUUUGAAAAGCAUUAUCAGCUACCUACAGAGACUGCUUUCAAACAGGCAUUGGAGGAAAGACUCAAGGGACUUAGUAGCAUAAAAAUAUUACAGCAGCCCAAGCGACUUUAUCGACGAUCAAGAACUGCUACCAUUGAACAAGACCCAGCUGACAGUGUCCACGGCACGCUGCUGGAAUAUGGAAUCGAUAUUAGCAAGUCUGUUUGCCCGGCUGUUCAGGAGGAUACCGUGAUUUCACAUGAUUCAACUUCCCUUGGAAUUCACAAUUCUCCCAAAGAAGAAAAGAGUGCAGGAAGACCUGGUUCUUACUUUUUAAACACUAUAAUAUCAGAUUUGGUAUUUUCUGAAGUAGAUGAUGGCUUCAUGUCCAAAUCAAAAGUUCGCCAGCUAUUUGAUUUAUGUGGAGAAGAGAUUCAAAGUGCAAGCGCAAAUUAUACACUUAGUCAUGAUAAUCAUGUGACUUGGAAGCAAAAGGCUGCUGCUCUUCUAAAGAAGAUUGAGAAGCAGGAAAUAACUAUAGAGAAAUGUGAGGGUGAAUUGAAUAUGGCUAAAAGUUCAUUAGAGACACUUGAUCGGAGCAUCAUGGAACAGGAUCUUAAGUUUGGACAGGUAAAAAUCGAAUUGAAUCAUCUGAAUGAAAAGGUUGAAAUGGGAGGUGCUGCUUCAAUUGUAGAGACACUGCUAUCUCUGUUGCAGAAGUUGAAGUCUCUAGAAAGGGAAGAAUCGGACUUUAACAAUCAGACAAGUGAACAGAUGGAAGUUGAAAUUAUCAAGCUGACAAGCCAAACUUUGAAGCCAGAAAAGAAUGUUGAAUAUGAAGAACUUAAAAGCAUUCUAAAUUCUGACAUAUCAAAGUUGGAGGCUCUGAAGACUGAGCUUGCAAAGAAACACCGAGCAGUAGCAUUGCUUCAGCGCCGGCUUGAUGACAUACCAACUCAGACUGAAUUAGUACAGUUUGAGCAUCGCUUUGUUGAGAUUUAUGAACAUAUUCAGGCAAGACUUAGAGAAACUCGUAGAUACUAUGGAACAUAUAAUGCUUUAGCAGAGGCCAAUGAAUUGACAUUAAAGGAGAUCUCUCUACUUAACUCCAUUAAUUCUCAGUUUGAAGGUGCCAUGAUGUCAGCAUCUGGACAAGCCAAACUUAUUGAAUCUAUGGAUGGAAUUGCAAAAGGGAUACAGCAGAAGUUGGGAAAAAUGCAAGCUACGUUUCAAGCAGAGCAAAGUAAAUGCAACGCAUUGAAAGCAAAAUAUGGAGUAUUAUUAGCUGAACAAAGACAUUAUUCUGCACUAGUUAAAUCUUUCCAGGAUGAAUGUGCCAGAAAUGAGAAGCUACGUAUGGAUUUGAAUGGCUUGAAUGCUCCAUUGCCUUAAGGCUUGCUAGAUUUGUUUCUAAUGGCAACAUGAACACCAGAACAAAGGGCAUUUGCACCUCUAAUUUGAGUCGCAAGUAAAAAGUACAUAGUUAAUUUUUAUUUUCUUCCUUGAAUAUAUAUUUAUCCUAUUUAGAUAUUUGAAAGUCCGAUAUUUAUCUAUUCUUGUCCUGUCUAUUAAUAUUGAAUUUUGGACAACUUCAUUGAGAAUUUU